CCGGGGCCCAGCUCCGCCGGCCGCCGGGAUGGAGACGAUACGAGCACAGCGGCUGCAGCCAGGCGUAGGUGUCGGCGGGAGAGGCACUUUGCGAGCGCUGCGGCCGGGGGUGACCGGGGCCCCGACUAGCGCCGCCACACCCCCCGCGGGCCCGCCGCCCGCCCCGCCGCCCCCCGCCCCGCCCCCGCCUCCGUUGCUUCUGGCUGGGGCCCCCGGGCUGCCCCUGCUCCCCGGCGCCGCGGGGAGCCCUGCGGUGCUGCGCGAGGCGGUGGAGGCGGUGGUGCGGAGCUUCGCCAAGCACACGCAGGGCUACGGUCGAGUGAAUGUGGUGGAGGCCCUUCAGGAAUUCUGGCAGAUGAAGCAGUCUCGGGGCGCUGACUUGAAGAACGGGGCUCUGGUGGUGUACGAGAUGGUCCCCUCCAACAGCCCUCCCUACGUCUGCUAUGUCACUCUGCCUGGGGGAAGCUGCUUCGGGAGUUUCCAGUUUUGCCCCACAAAAGCUGAGGCCCGGCGAAGUGCUGCAAAGAUUGCAUUAAUGAACUCCGUGUUUAAUGAGCAUCCAUCCCGAAGAAUUACUGAUGAGUUUAUUGAGAAGAGUGUCUCAGAGGCCCUGGCAUCUUUCAAUGGUAACAGAGAGGAAGCCGACAACCCAAACACGGGGAUUGGUGCCUUCCGAUUCAUGCUGGAAUCUAACAAGGGCAAGUCAAUGCUGGAGUUCCAGGAGCUGAUGACAGUUUUUCAGCUGCUUCACUGGAAUGGCAGCCUUAAGGCCAUGAGGGAGAGACAGUGCUCUCGACAGGAGGUGUUGGCGCAUUAUUCUCAUCGGGCCCUGGAUGAUGAUAUUCGCCACCAAAUGGCUUUGGACUGGGUGAGCCGGGAGCAGAGUGUGCCAGGGGCACUGUCAAGAGAGCUGGCUUCCACUGAACGGGAGCUCGAUGAAGCCCGGCUGGCGGGCAAGGAGCUGCGCUUCCACAAGGAGAAGAAAGAUAUUCUCAUGCUGGCUGCCGGGCAGCUGGGCACUCUGCACUCCUCCAGCUGCUGAGCACAGACCCUCUACUCGCCAUGGCUCUUCGGGCCCUUUUUUUGUAUGUCUCCUUUUUAAGACGUAGGAUGAUGAUUUCUGUAUAUACUUUUUCAAUUUUAUACUUUAAAAUAUAGAUAUAUAUGUAUAAAUUCUACACCUGGCUUCCUAUUUGGUAAGAGAUCCCUUUUCUACCUUCCAGUUUGGGGAUGUAGUUACCUUUGAAAUAUCACUGUCCAUUUUAGAGCAUGGUUGACUCUUAAACCUUCAGAUUCUCUAACUCAUUAACCUGUACAGUUUACUAAGUGCUCAUGUCUCUUUAAGUCAGCAGACAGGUAUGCGAUAACUCAUAGCUAUGAUCUCUGCACUCAGGAGUCUGAGGCAGUAUUGCUGGAAUAUGAGGCCAGCCUGGACUACAUAGGCAGUUCCAGGUCAGUAUGGGCUACAGUGUGUAAGGUCCUGUCUCAGACCCCUCCCCUCCCACUAAUAAAACCACAGUGGGACUAAGGAGCAUGUGCUCCACCUCCUCCAUAUUCUUGGCUUCUACUCUACUAAAAUAGGGUGGGAGCAUCGUGUUUUGCUUUGAAGAGAUCUUCCAAUACACCUCUCCUGCUCACUUCCCUUUUUCCUUGCCUCUAAGUGCUCUUUCAUGUCCAGAAGGAGACUUGGCUUCCUCUUGUUUUGUGAGACAUCUUAUUACAGCCUGGAACUCAUCCUAUAGACUAGGAGGGCAGCAUACUUGUGGUUGUAUCCUGCUGAGAUCAUAGGUAUGGGACACCAUGCCUGGCCUAGUUUUUAUUUUAAAGUCACUCCUGAGAAACUGCCUAAGAACAAGAGAAGUAUACACCCAAUUCCUAUGCAGAGGGUAGGUGCACUACCUAAGCUGCUUCUGGGCUUAUCUACCCUGUUAGCAGUUUGGAUUUCUGGAUGUGAGAAGAGGGUAAGGGGUCAGGCUGCUUGCCUUUCACCAUUCCUUGGAGUCACUUCUCUCACUCAUCAGAUGUAAUAAAGACAUACUUGCACAUACAUGCACAAGUGCAUGUGUAUACACACACACUUUUUCCAUUUUGUUUAUGUAACCCAGGCUGGCCUCAAACUCUCCUUGUAGCUGAGAAUGACCCUGAACUCCAGACCUCCUGCAUCAGCCUCUCACAUGCUAGGAUUUCAGUGAAUCCCACACUAGCUGCCUUCCUUCAACAACAAGAAGCAUUUUGUUUAGAAACUGUAGCUGUUCUGUUUAGUGAGAACCAUGUUCCUCUCUUGUCCACUGAGCUGUGCUGCUUACUCUGAAGUGUCCACACCUUGGAUUCUUAUUUCCUGCUUCUUUCUUCUCCACCUUGACUGUAAGAUCAGGGGUAGACAAAGCUUGGAUUGGAAUGUGAUUCUUAAGCACAACAGGUUACUUGUGUGUGAAGAGAAAACUGACCUGGAGGAUAGGUAGGCUCUGUACUGUUGGAGAAUUUUAUGUAGGAAGCUCAAUUUCUCUUCGUUCUGUGGUCUCUGCUGUGUUGUGUUAUUGUUCAGUGCACUUUCUAUCAAGUUGGGAUAGUUAAUGCUACAAUAAUUCGACUUCCCGUUUGACAAUUGCAGUUUGAUUUUCGAUUAGGAGCUGGGUUUGGUGGUGCAGGUCUAUAAUCUCAGCUACAAAGGAGGCUAAGGCAAGAUUGGAAAUUCAAGUUCUAUCCCAGCUAGAGCAAGUCAAAGGGCAACCUGGGUAACUUAGCAAGACUCUGUCUCAAAAACAUGAAGUAAAAACAGGGCUGGGGAUAUAGCUUAAUGGAAAAGAGUCUGCCUGGCAUGUGAGGCCUGAAUUUAAUCUCUACUGCAGAAAGAGCAGGAGAGGGAUCGAGAGACUCGGCAGGAAGGAGGAAGGAAGGAAGCAGGGUUAGAUCAGUUAGCUCACUGGGUAGGAACAAGGGGAAAAGCAGCUUCCUUGUUUUUAAAAUUAUCUUUGUGACAAGGACACAUGGGAUCAGAGUAGGGGUCCAGUUAGAACAGUGUCAGAGCUUGGAAAAGGGUUUUUUGAUUCCUUUAGUUAGCUCUGUCUCUUUGUUUCAUAAAACACAUUGGGUUGGAACAGAGGCUCCUGCAUUACACGAUAUGUGUCACUGUUUUAAAUUGAUAUUUAUAACCUAGAUAACAAGAAUCCUCCAGUUUCUCCUGUGCACCUUUCUUUGUGUAAGAUGCAUUAAGGGUUAUCAGUUUGGGGAAGAAUUCUCCUUGUACCUACUGGAAUUAUUAUUUUUCUCAGAAACCCAAGACUCCAAAGAAUAUGAAAAAAAUUGUUCUGUUCACUUUUGAUGUUGAAGAUUUUAGUUAUCCUUUUGGUACUAUCUAUGUAUUUUCUAUGUAAAAUUUUACACAAUUAAAAUUUUUUUUUGUCUAGUAA